AUUGAAACCAGAGCUUCUCACUGCCUAGCAGCACACCUUUCUUUUUGAAGGUCCGAGCCCACCUAGAUUGGCACGCGCGAGCCUGACCGCCUCCGUGCACCACGUCAGGCUCCGACUCUGCUUCAAGCCACUCCUAUUCUUCGGCUGACCCACCCCCACGGUGGUCACGUGGAGCUGCUCGCCACGCAAGUCUGGGUCCUGCGAUCCACCGGGGUCCUUGCCGCCUGGGAGCCGCUCCUACGCUGCCUGUUCGCGCGAGAGUUUGGAGGGGCGGGUUUGGGGUCGGUCUCUAGUGUGGGACUUGUACUGUAGUGCAUUUGAGACCUGCUUAGGCGUCCACUUAGGGCUCGAGGAGCUGGCUCAGGCGGUCGCCGGGGCACCCCGUGUCUGGAAAGCGCAGGAGCGCUCUGGAGAAGCCUGGACAGCCCCGCUUCCCCGCAGCCAGGUGCUAGGGUCGGGAGCUAAAGUGAGAGUCCGGCUGUCUUCCAGCACCUGGGCCACGGCGGCGGCCCUGGGAGCAGAGGUGGAGCAACCCCAUUGCGCUAAAGAUGAAGGGCUGGGGUUUGCUGGCCCUGCUUCUGGGGGCCCUGCUGGGAGCUGUCUGGGCCCGGAGAAGCCAGGAUCUACACUGUGGAGCUUGCAGGGCUCUGGUGGAUGAACUAGAGUGGGAAAUUGCCCAGGUGGAUCCCAAGAAGACCAUUCAGAUGGGCUCUUUCCGAAUCAAUCCAGAUGGCAGCCAGUCAGUGGUGGAGGUGCCUUAUGCUCGCUCAGAGGCCCACCUCACAGAGCUGCUAGAGGAGGUAUGCGACCGGAUGAAGGAGUAUGGGGAACAGAUUGACCCUUCCACCCACCGCAAGAACUACGUACGUGUAGUGGGCCGGAAUGGAGAAUCCAAUAAACUGGACCAACAGGGGAUCCGAAUUGAUUCAGACAUCAGUGGCACCCUCAAGUUCGCGUGUGAGAGCAUUGUGGAGGAAUACGAGGAUGAACUCAUUGAAUUCUUUUCCCGAGAGGCUGACAAUGUUAAAGACAAACUUUGUAGUAAGCGAACAGAUCUAUGUGACCAUGCCCUGCACAUAUCGCAUGAUGAACUAUGAACCACUGGAGCGGCCCAGACUGACAAGCUUGAUGGAUCACCCCCAGGAGGGGAGAGGGUGGCAAUGCCUUUUAUAUUAUGUUUUUACUGAAAUGAACUGAAAAAAUAUGAAACCAAAAG